AUGGCCGGUGACGCUGCCAGCAGUGCUGCUGCAAAAAAAUGUGCCGAUAUAUUGGUAGAUAAAGUAACAAAGGAACUUCAAUAUUUGUGUUGUUACGAGAGAUAUACAGCUGACUUUGAACGGAAAAAAAAAGAUUUGUCAGCUGCAGUGGAGAGUGUGGACGUGAAGAUAAGUGAAGCCAAAAGAAGAAAUGAGACUCAAAUUGAUCCUAUAGUUAACCGCUGGGUUGAAAAAGCCAACGACCUUAUAAAACCGGUAACAAGACCAAAGAAAUGGUUUGGUUUCUGUAAUGAUUGGUUUUCUCAGUGUCUACUCGCGAAGGAAUUAGAGAGCAUGACUAAAGAGAUGGCAGAAAUGAUGGAGAAAGCUGAGAACUUUUCACAAGUUGCACAUGUUGCUGAACGUCCCGGCAUGGAAUUCUAUUCACAAGAGUUUAUGCAUUUCAAGAGUAGAAACUCAGUUCUUGAACAACUCAGGGAGGAGCUGAAAGAUGACAAUAAUUAUAGGAUUGGAUUGCAAGCAAUGGGAGGAUCGGGGAAAACCACAAUGGCAAAAGCAGUUGGGAAGGAAUUUGAAAAUUCAAAGGCAUUUGAUAAAGUUAUCUUUAUUGAAGUGCCCAACCCUGUUGAUGAAAAAAAGAUUCGAGAUGAAAUUGCAAAGAAAUUGGAAUUGAAGUUAGAGGAUGACAAGGAUUUAACAGAACAAAUAUGGAUCCAAAUUGCGGAUGCUGGAAAUGUACUCAUAAUACUUGAUGAUGUCUGGGAAGAGCUCAAACUUGAGAACAUAGGGAUUCACCAUGGCAUCCGUACCCAAGGUCGUUGCUGUGUGUUGCUAACCACAUGUUAUGAGACAGUUUGUAGAAGAAUGAGCUGCCAAAAGAUCAUUAAACUAGGGGUCUUACCUGAGGAAGACGCAGUGAAUCUUUUCCUACGUCAUGCCACUGAAAGUGGGAAGGAUUGUCCUAAUAAAUUGAAGUUGUUGGCAUCAAAAGUUGUGAAUGAAUGUGGAAACUUACCAGUCCUAGUUGUGGCAGUAGCAAGAACCUUUAGAAACUGGGAUCCAAAUGAAUGGGAGGAUGCCUUUGCAGCAAUAGAAAAAGAUCCAUCCUUAAGGCAUGGGAAUAAUGAUGAAGAAGCAAAAAAGUUUUAUAAUUCUUUGAAAAUAAGCUUCAAGUGUCUAGAUACAAGAGCUCAGGACCUCAUCCUGAUAUGUUCUUUAUUCCCAAGAGCUUAUGAAAUACCUAUAGAGCUUUUAAGCAGAAUUGCUAUAGGUUUAGGGCUUUGUGAAAAUGUUGGCAGCUACUACAAAGCAAGAAGUGAAGUGCUUUCAAUCAAAACCACACUCGUACGUUCUGCUUUAUUGUUGACUACAAAAGAAGGAUGUGUAAAGAUGCAUGAUGUGAUUCGUGAUGUGGUCCAACAUAUAGGAGAUGAAAAGAUUCAAGUAAUCAUGGAUUCUAAAAGUCAAUUGAAGCAGAAUAUAAAAUAUUCAUCCUGGAUGAUAGAUGAAUUUUUCAACUCUUUUAAGAGCAACAAUCUUGAGGUUCUUUUAGCAUGGGUAAAUGCAAAUCGUUCUUUGGAAGUUCCUGACACAUUCUUUGGAGGCAUGGAGGGACUUAGAGUUUUGCUUUUGUAUUCUGAGGUUGAGUUUGGGAGAAAAUUGCACUUAUCACUACCAAAAUCAGUUCAUUCACUUGAAAAUAUCCAAACGCUAUCCCUGGCAAAUUGGGAGUUGGGUGAUAUAUCUAUUUUGCAAAACCUGAGAAAACUCCAAACUCUUGAGUUGACAAAUUGUUCAAUUAGUGAAUUGCCAAAUGAAGUUAGCCAACUGGAGAAACUGAGGUUGCUAGGCUUGGUAGAUUGUUCAAUUGAAAAGAAUAACCCAUUUGAAGUGAUUGGGAGAUGCGUGAAACUUGAAGCAUUGUAUUAUGUUUCAAAUCAUGACACUCUUAAAAUCAAUCCAAAGCCUUCUAAAAUUAUAGAUCUCCAUCAAGAAUUUGGAAUAUAUCAUGUAGAAGGCAACUACUCCUUCCAGCGUUCUUUUCAAUUGGAUGCUUCAAUAAAAAGAUAUUUUAGUUCAACCAAUUUAGAAGGGAUCUUGUCUGAAAGCACAGUCAAAUCCCUAGUAGCAAGAGCAGAGAUUCUCGAGUUAACAGAAUGUAAUGAAGCAAGAUGGGCAAAUCUCAUUCCUGACAUGGUUCAUCCUAAAGAAAAUGAUGGCAUGAAUGACUUGCUUAGGCUUUCUUUGGAAUCUUGGCCUGCAAUACAAUGCCUCAUCAAUACAAGUGGCAUUCAAUCUAAUGCAACCAUCUUCUCCAACUUAGUUGAGCUGCGACUUUAUAAUAUGCAUGUGAGGGAAUUAUGUCAUGGCCAUCCUCCUAAUGACUUUCUCAAACAACUAGAGAAGCUAGACUUAAAUGAUUGUGGUGAACUAGAUGGCACAUUAUUUAAGGGCAAGCUAGAGCUAAGUAAUCUAAAGUCUAUAGCAUUAAAUGCUUGUUCAAUGACAUGUCUUUUCCACUUACCUGCAGCUCAGAGUCUAAGGCAAUUGGAAAAUUUACACAUAGAGGGAUGCUCAAAGUUGAAAUGCCUAAUAAGUGAUGAUGUGAAAUCAACAGAGCAGAAAGUGGAUGAUCAUCAAGAUCCUAAUCAAAAGAUCCACCACUUGAUGUUCCCGAAAUUGAAGUUUUUCAAGGUUGAAGAAUGUCAUGCAUUGAAAUUUAUAUUUCCAAUUUUUCCUUGCAAAGAGCUAGAAAGUGUGAUAAUCGAUGGUUGCAAUGAGCUAAGAUACAUAUUUGGACAAUGCUUAGAGGAGGGAGGAAUGUAUCAAAUGGAAAAAGAAAUCAUACUCCCCUUACUACAACAAAUAGAUAUUGCAAACGUACCAAAAUUCGUCAACAUCUAUCCAGAACAUUAUCUCCCACAGCCCUCCCAGGUGCAGAAAUCAUGGGACCCUCUAUGCUGUUUAUCUUCAAAAGCAAGUGCCUUAAGUAUAGAUGAACCAUCUUUUUUCAAGGGCAAUCAACUGGGCCAUACUCAGGCAUUAAAGGAGAAACAUCUUGGUAGAGCUGAUGGACUUUUUACACCUCCAUUAUAUCCAUACAAGAAUUUGAGAAAGAUGAGUAUAGAGGGAUUUUCUGAAUUGAAGUCACUUCUUACCCUAUCCAUUGCCUCAUCAUUGAAACUGUUGGAAGAAUUGACAAUAAGCGAAUGUGGUGAAAUGGAACAUAUAGUAACAGAUGAGGGGCAUGUUUACAAUCAUAUGAAUGAUUGUUUUAUCUUUUCCAACUUAAAGGAGCUUGAAGUCUUCAAUGCUGAAAAGUUGAAAUAUGUGUUUGGAAAAUGUCAUUCCAAUCAGUGGCAUAAUGUUCAUAUCGAACUUAACCUCCUGAAUCUCAAAAGCCUAUGCCUUCAUGAUGUGCCAAAUAUGGAAAAAGGGAAAAAAGAAUUCACAUGUUUGUAUUUAACCAAGGCAUCCAAAGAAAAGCACGUGCCAAGUACAGCUCAAGGAUAUUUUCCACUACCAUUAUAUCAAUCCAAUUUGAGAAAGAUUGAGAUAACUGGAUUUUCCAAGUUAACGUCACUCUUUACCAUAUCCAUUGCCACGUCACUGAAGUUCUUGGAAACAUUGUAUGUCAAGCGGUGUGACAUGCUGGAACAUAUAAUAACAGACGAGGGGGCUAAUAGUCAGGGUCAUGGGAAUGUGCACUCUAUCUUUCCCAACUUACAGAAAAUUCAUGUUUGGAGCUGUAACAAUUUGGAAUAUGUAUUCCCAGCUUUUUAUUCAAAAGACUUUAGGGAGUUGGGAUCUGUGAGCAUCCAGAAGGCAGAAAAGAUGAAAUAUGUAUUUCGAGAAUGUCAUCUUGAUCAAAAUCAUAAUGUUCAGAGUAAACUUAAUCUCCCAGCCUUGAAGACAAUAUACCUUGUAGAUUUACCAAAUAUGGUUAGUAUUUGCACAGAAAACUAUUACGUGGAGGUAUUACAUCUAGAAUAUAUUAGAAUUGAAGGAUGUCUACGGCUUGUCCAAACUUUUAUAGAUUUCUUGGUUGGUGGACACAAAAGACAGGAAGAUCUCUCAAGGAGAAAGGCAUUAUCUUUCAAGGAGAAAGGUAAGGCACUUUCGAACUUGCAAGAGUUACCUGAUUUAAGCGACAUCUACGUGGGAUCUAAAAACUCUCUGAGCUUUAGGAACCUCUCUGGGCUAACAUUGGUAGGAUGCAAACAAUUGAAGUUCAUACUAUCCGCAUCUACCACAAGAAGCAUACCAGAAUUGAGAAGUCUAUUUAUAUCAGACUGUGAAGAGCUGGUGAGCAUGAUUGAGGAUAAUGAAGAGAAUCAGAAACAUCCUUUAGAUUUGCAUCAACCAUGUUUCCCAAAGCUAUGCAGAAUUCGAGUGAAGCACUGUAAGAAGUUGAAAUGCCUAUUCUCUAUCUCCACAUGUGCUAAACUUCCAUGUCUCUUGCUGUUGGAGAUAGAAGAUGCUCCUGAGCUCGCGCAGGUAUUUGAAUGGAAGCAGAGUGCGCCACAAGAUUUGGUCAUCAAAGAUGUGCUUCCAAAUUUACUUGCACUAAGACUGGUAGAACUACCAAGUCUUCACACUAUCUAUCAUGGAAUUGAUUUCCAAACUGUGAAAAUCCGUGUUGUGCAAGAUUGUAACAAUAUCCCUUCAACUAAUGUCAGCUCCUCUGAGAUAUCUAAUUAUGUCAAUUAUUCGUUGACACAAGAAAAGAGGAACUUUGAGGAUGACCAUGACUUCGUCUACACAUGCCAUAUUAUUUACAGCUGGGCUGACGAGAGUGAAGAGCCAUCCAAUGAGGCUGUUGAAAAAGACUCCGCAAUACAAAAGCAGAGAACUAGUUCACCAAAUUUGAUAGAGAUUGAAGAAGAGGGAUCACAAGAUGUUGGAAAUGACUCAGCAAUGCCCCAACAGAGCAAUGGUUCUCCAAAUUUUGAAAAUAGUACUAAGAUAUCAACAAAUGAAAUUGUUGAAGAACAAGUUCCUACUUCAACUACAGCAACAACUCCACCAUUAAAGUCUGAUAGGGUUGAUGCAUAA